GUCCGGUGGCAUGGAUAGUAGUACUACUAGUAGUCCGCACACAGAACUACUAAGGUAUAUCCGGAUACGGAUAAAUUGUUUUGAAAAUUCAAAGCAAGCACGACUUGAGCAUCAUCAUCGUUGUUGUCGAAGGCAGUUCUAGUCAUGGAAGGUGGUAGCGACGACAGGUUGAAGCGCCGUCAUGACAGCAUAUCACCUCAAACCCCAGUGGAGAUCCGCAAGAAGAUGCGAAGACAUGCUCGCACGGUGCAUGAAGAAGAAGGGGUUGACGAUGUCGACGACGUCAUGCCCGCGCGUCUCGCAUCGAAACGGAAGGUAGAGAAACAUCCAAGCAAAGCAGCAGCAGUCCUUGCCAAGGUAGCGAAGAAAGGAAUCGACAGCGAUGACGACGGCGAAGUCCCUUCGAUCCCAGGGACAGCAAACCCCCGAGGCGACACGUUGUAUCAGACGCCUCCUAAAUUGAAGGCAACCCGAAGCGUGUUUGAAGAAGCCACUCUCGAUCGGCAUCAUGCAUCGUCCGGUGGCGACGCUAACUUGGUACUUCCUCCGCCGGCUCGUGUCUUGACGGAAGAGGAGAUGGAGCGCCGUCGACGGAGGCGAAAUUCCAAGACGUUUCAAUCCCGUCGAAAGUCACUGACGCCGAAUGCCAAGACCAAGCAGUACGUGUCGGAAAUGUACUCUACGAUCAUCAAAAUGUCUUCGGAAAACAAAAUCAACUCGAAAAACUCGUGGUCGCUGCACUUGAUCGACCACAUCGACGACAUCUUGAGCGGCAAACGCCACGACGACGAACCUGCCGACAGCGCCGCUGCCACCGACACGUACAACUUUCAAAAAGCGAGUUGCACGCUGGACGCCAGUGUCAAGAUUUACUCGUACCGGGUCGACGACACAUGGAACUCGUCGUUCAAAGUGCUCGAGAACUUGACCCGCGGCGACGAACACGACGGCGGCGGCGGCGGCGACGACGACGACGAUGACGACAGAGCCGAGCGCCGGACCACAUCGAAAAAGCUGACUGUGGCCAACACGAUUGAAACCAACUUGAAGCACAUCAACAUGAAAUCCGUCGACUUGGAGUUUCAAGUGGACCCGUUGUUUCAAAAGAUGUCUCAAGCGUUCGACGAAGGCGGGGCCAAAGGUAUGCUCCUGGUCAACUUGAGUGUGCACAAUGGGUGCAAGAUCGUGCUCGAUUCGAGCAAUGUCAAGGCUGCCAGCAACACGCCGGCAGACGGCCACGCGGCGGCGGCGGACGACGGAGCCGACGACAAGUUGCCUCGCAAGAUGAUCAACAUCUCGGGCCUGACCAAGAGACUGCGCGCAUCGGCCACGGUCGUCGAGUCGUUUGACAUUUGCCCGAAAUUGGAUCACUUUUACGACCAACUCAAGACCAUGAACAACGAGUACUUUGACAAGAAGAUCUCGGUGCCGCGGCUGGAUCUGGCGGCGUCGAGUCACAAUCGCCGCCUCACGCUGCUAUCGCAAGGCCUGAUUACGCCCCGCAAGACGCCUCUCAAGCCGCCAGCGAACGCGGAAGAAGACGCCAACCCCCUGGAGAAUACAUCGACCCUAGACAUUGACCAGCCGGAUUUCGGCAUGGGCGGCAAUGACGGCGACGACGAGAUGGGCCAAGAUGACAACGAUGGUGCUGGGUUUGAAACGUACGCAGACGACGCCACGCAACAACCCUCGGGAAGGAGCCAGCACGACGACAACGAUAAGGAUGCGAUCGAGAAAACCGAGCCAGAGGAACCGGUGGUGGUGGCGAAACCGCUGAAUUUUGACGACGACAACGAGACGUCGUACUUGUUGGAAAGUGCGUUGAUGCGGUCGGUGAAUGCCGAGCAAAUGGACGAGUAUUCGUUCUUCGACGCCAAAACGCUCAAGAAUUGGGCAGGGCCGCAGCACUGGAAGGUCAAGCUGCCAGGCAUUCGCGUCAAGAAGAGUGCUGUGGUUGGGCGCGCCGCCGACAAGCAAGGGGGGGACGACGACGACGGCGGCGGCGGCCCGAAGAAGCCCAAGACCUCGCGCACGACCACCCCCGGCAAACUCCAGUGGAGCCUCACGCCGACCCAAGUGACCCAGGCGCUGAAAAAGCCGAGGCAAGCGGCGUCGCUGGAGAUUUCACCGUCGAUCCUCAAGCGCAACGAGAGCAAGGCGGCGCAGCUGGUGCACCCCGUGGACAUGCACAUGAAAGUGGAGCGUUUUUACCAGUUGUUUACCCGUCCUCGGUCGAACGUGAUGUUUGCGUCCAUGAUGGCGGCGGCACCACGCAAGGCUCUGCAUCACUCGUUUAGCGUCAACAAUCAACCCAAUCUGCACACGAAUCACGACGAUGACAACGGGGUUGCGGACUUUGGAGGGGCUGAUUAUUUGCACGACGACGAGGAUUUCCAAGUGUCGGGGCUGAUUCAACCUGAUCGCAUUGUGGACAAAGUGGACAUUCAGUACGAACGGUUUGCCAAGCGCGUGGACGUGAAGAAGCUCAAGGAGAGCAUCUGGGGCACACUGCCGUUUCAGGAUGCAGCGAUGGACGACCUGACGAGGGCGACGACUGACUUGGCCAUCCAAUCCAAAGUGUCGUUUGAAGAGCUUGUCCAGGACGUCGCGCCCAAGGUGCCGCCCAACGUAACUGUGUCGUUCUACUUCAUCUGCAUGCUGCACCUGGCCAACGACAAGGGGCUCGAACUGGUCGGGCAAGACGACAUGCGCGAUUUUCAGAUCCUCCACGACCCAUCCGUCCCUCGCUGAGUAGGAAGCUGUGCUAUUCGUGCUAGUAAAUAAAUACCUCUCGUGUCUACACUG